AAUCUCCUGUUCUUGUUCCUUUCUUUUACAGUAAAUGUGGAGAGUUUGACAAUGACUGAGAUUCGCAUACCGAAGCACAUCAUGCGACAUGAGGAUGCCGUUCUGGGCUGCAAAUUCGAUUUGGAUGGCGAGAGUUUGUACUCUGUGAAAUGGUAUAAAGAUGGCUUCGAGUUCUAUCGUUAUGUGCCACGUGAUAUGCCACCUGGACAGGUGUUUCCGUUGCCCGGCGUCGAUGUGGAGUUGCAAAACUCGACGGACAUUGCCGUUGUCCUGCGCUCGGUAAGCCUACAGUCGACGGGUCGUUAUCGGUGCGAAGUGUCCGGCGAGGCGCCUUCGUUCCAGACAGUUUCCGGUCAUGAGGACAUGAUUGUUGUGGUUACGCCGAAGCAUGGACCACAAAUCUCUGGCGGUCAGCCUCGAUACCAAAUUGGCGACAUGGUGCGCGUCAAUUGCACUUCGGCGGCAUCGAAGCCCGUCUGCCAUCUCAGUUGGCUGAUUAACGGUAUGCACGCGAACCGUUCCCUCUUGCGCCCCUAUGAGCCCAAAGUUGUUGGACGGGAGGGUCUCGAGGUGGCGCGACUCGGACUGGAGUUUCGUGUACGCGGAUGACAUUUCAAGCAUGGCGACAUGAAGUUGAAGUGUGUCGCCAAAAUCUCCUCUGUGUACUGGCAGAGUAACGAGGAGAGUGUGGAGAGUGACAAGCAUCAGCGCAUACCUGUGCUGGAGUCCAGGGAGACUGUGAGGCAGCUGGACAAAUCAACGGAAGUAGACAAGCAGCUCAAGAAGAGUCGUCGUCCUGCGGCAGCAACCUCUGCCGCCGCCGCUGCCGCAGCCGCUGCUGCCGCGGCAUCAUCGAGUGCGUCGCUAUCGGAAUCCAUUGCACGCAUUUCACUUUACGCGCUGCCCGUCUUAAUAGCAUUUCUGUGUAAUGCCAGCGUCAGUCUGUUGUGCUCGCAGCCAGCCACGCCCACAAGCCAGAGGAACAAGGGGAGCAGCUGCUGGCAACAUGACCGCUGCCUGUUGGCCCAAUUAAGCGACGACUCCACGCCGUGCAGAUAACAAUUAAC